UAAAAACAAAAAUCUAAUUUUUCCAUCUUUCUCUCUCAGCUUAAAGAGUUUUAAAUCUAGCAUCUAGCAUCUUUUGAUCAAAACACUACAAAUGCGUCCGCGCAAUGGCGAAUGUGCAAAAGAACACAUGUAAGAAACAAUGCACAAUCGUUGUCUCUUAUUUCGUGUCGUCUCUCCUAACCAUUUGAACUCGGAGACAGAUUCAUUUAAACGAAUGAUUGAAUGUUCAAACCCCGACAAUAUAUGGCUGACACCGAACGAGAACGCAAGUUCGCGGAGUACAAUAAUAUUCUGGAAAAUCAGAAGAAAGAGUUUUUGGAAAAAUGGAAAACGAAGACGGACGACGACGUACAUCUGGACGACUUCGAUCGUUUCCGAACCCUCGGCACCGGUGCCUUCGGUCGCGUUAUCCUCGUCAAGUACAAACCCACGUCUACGUAUUACGCCAUGAAGAUGCUCGAUAAAGCAAAAAUCGUGAAGAUGAAGCAGGUGGAUCACGCGCGCAACGAGAAGCGGAUCCUACAAUCCAUUAGCUUUCCGUUCACCGUCUUCAUGAAAUUCUGCUUCAAAGACAAUUCUUACUUAUACAUGGUGCUGCCGUUCGUGAACGGCGGCGAGAUGUUCACCCAUUUGAGGCGUAUGGGAAAGUUUGACGAAUCACUGGCGAGGUUCUACGCCGCCCAGGUGGUCCUGGCUUUGGAGUAUCUGCACCACUGCAGCCUGAUCUACCGCGACUUGAAACCGGAGAACAUUCUGAUACAAAAUACCGGCUACAUCAUGAUGACCGACUUCGGUUUUUGCAAGAUGUUAAACAACGGCCGCGCAUGGACGUUGUGCGGCACACCGGAAUAUCUAGCGCCCGAAGUGAUUUUGUCGAAGGGUUACAACAAAGCGAUCGAUUGGUGGAGCUUCGGCGUGCUGAUUUACGAGAUGAACGCGGGAUAUCCGCCGUUCUAUUCGCGCGAUCCCAUCAAGAUUUAUGAAAAAAUUGUAGCCGGGAAAUACAAGUUCGCGCAUCACUUCGGCGACGAACUGAGAGAUAUAAUAAAGAACAUUCUUCAGGUGGACAUAACAAGAAGAUACGGUAAUUUGAAAGACGGUAGCAUGGAUAUCAAGAAGCAUCGUUGGUUCAAAUCCAUCGACUGGAUUGAGAUUUAUCAUCAGAAAGUGACUCCGAGCUUCAUUCCUCAUUGCGAAAGUCCCGGUGAUACCAGCCACUUUGAUCAGUAUGACGAAGUGAUGCACCAAAUCGCUUCCAUAGAUCAAUACGGCAAAGAAUUCGCGAAUUUUUAGAGACGGUUUAACGUUUAAGAGGGUCCUGGACCGUCCUGUUAUAUUACCGAUCGAAAUAAUUCGUAUUAAGACGUGUUUUUCGUAAUUAUUGCUCGGAUAG